AUGUUGAUAUCAACAGAAAAAACAAAAUCUUUGGUGAUAUCGAAAGAUCCCAUUAGGUGUAAGUUGGUGGUGAACGAUAGAAUCAUAGAGCAGGUAAUGAACAUCAAGUACCUAGGUGUAGAAAUAACGAGCGAUGGAAAUAACAAUAAAGAAGCCAGACAACAGGUUAUGAAGGGAGCACGCAUAUCUGGAUAUCUGAGAGACGUAACAUGGAAAAAUAAAUACCUCAGGACAGAGAGUAAAGUUAAGAUCUAUAAAACGAUGGUAAGGCCCGUAUUGACUUACGCUGCGGAGACACGAGCUGGCACGAGUAGGAUUAAACAACUAUUACUUACGGCCGAAAUGAGUACACUGAGGAAUAUAGUUGGAAAAACCAGAAGAGAUCGCAUAAGGAACUCGGCGAUAAGGGAAGAAUGUGGAGUGGUAGACAUCGGGAAAUUCGUCAGGAAGAGACGCAGAGAAUGGAAUGAUCAUGUUGGUAGAGCGGGCUAUGAAAGACUUAUAAAGAUAGCACGAGAUCGAAAACCCACUGGAAGGAGAGACGUAGGAAGACCAAGAAAAAGGUGGCUGGAGAGCUGGGUAUCCACCUCGGUAGAGACACCGUGA